AUGUUGAAGUCUCCUGAAAACCUCUAUAAUAUAUGUAUUAACGUAGCUGUAGCAGAUUGUGUGUCAGCUUGUAAGCUUUGCAAAAAGGAGUAUCGAUCUCUGCCCAAUAAUGUUCUUUUUGAUUUUUACUAUAAGAUGUUCUUAGAAAAACGACUAUGCCUUCUGGCAGUAGAACUCAGUGAUUUAGAAGUUUUCAGUAGAGUAUUAUCAGUGAAGCACCAAAGGACAAAGUUCCUGAAGAGUUUCCAAUCCCUUAUAGAUCAUGGCACCAAGAUACCAGAUGAAUUGAUAUCAGGUUAUAUAUAUUUUUGCAAAAAUAAAAAUCCAGAGGACACUUUAGCAAUAGGACUGGGAUUGAAAAUCGGAGCAUUCUUCAAUGAGGGAGGGCUGUUCAGUCAUUCUAUAGAUGUUUUGAACUUCACUGAGACAAUGUGCAACAAGAGGAACAGAGAUAUCACAACUCUGAGAAUGUUAUUGGAUUGUUAUCACAAGCGUAUUUAUGCAGAAUCAGUCUAUUGUGAAUUUGAAAAAGCAGCAAACACUUUCAGAUCAGCUCAGAAAAUCAUAACAGAAUUAGAAAGGUUCAAUGCAGUCCCUAAUCUAGCUGGGUUGUACUCGAAUUUUUCUUUGUUGUAUUUUACAAGAAGUGAAUAUGAUGAGGCCUUUUCUUGGUCAGAGAAAGCUUUGAAGCUGCUUACUGAUGAUUUGCCUCCUAAGAUAAUCAUAGAAGUUCUGAGACAAGCUUCUAAAUCCUGUGUGGUGAAAAGAAAAUUUGAACCUGCAGGCUUACUCAUAAAACAGGCUGUGAAUUUAGCAUCUAGUUUAUAUAAAAUAGAUAAUCAUCCCCACUAUUCUGACACGUUAUUGGAUUAUGGAUUUUACCUUUUGAAUUUUGACUCAAUACAGGAAAGUGUUACAAUUUACGAAAAAGCGUUGAGCAUAAGGAAAGAAGUAUUUGAGGAAAAGAACAUUCAUAUAGCUCUAGGAUUGGAAGACUUGGCUUAUGCUCUUUAUGUUAAUGAAUACAGCUCAGGCCGAUUUUACAGUGCCAGAGACAACGCAGAACGUUCGAUACGCAUCAUGGACCGCAUACUGCCCAAAAACCACCUCCUGCUGGCAUCCGUGAAGCGUGUCAAGGCGCUCAUUCUCGAAGAGAUCGCUCUGGACGAACGCAUGAACGUCGAACUACAGACAAGGUACCUGGAGGAGGCCGAGCAGCUGCACUCGUACGCGCUGGCGCUGUCGCUGCAGGCGUUCGGCGAACGCAACGUGCAGACAGCGAAGCACUACGGCAAUUUGGGCAGACUGUACCAGAGCAUGAAACGCUACGCGGAGGCCGAGGCGAUGCAUCUGCAGGCGAUCGCGAUCAAAGAGGAACUGCUGGGCGCCGACGACUACGAGGUCGGUCUCAGCACCGGCCACCUCGCCUCCCUCUACAACUACCACAUGAAACGACACCGCGACGCCGAGCGGCUGUACUUGCGCUCUAUCGACAUCAACGUGAAGCUGUUCGGCGCCGCGUAUUCAGGGCUGGAGUACGACUACCGCGGAUUGGUCAACGUGUACACGAAGCUGAUCGACGUGCCCAAGAUGGCGGUGUACACGGGCAAGAUGCGCGAGUGGAAGGCGCUGAGGGAGAGGGUGGGGAGGCAGGACAGCGAGGGACAGCUGGCGCCAUUGAGACAGGUGGUCGAUGAGUUCUUCAAGAUGUGCGAAUGA